GCUCGGCCCUAGUGGCGGAACAUGAAAGUGUUGGAAGCGAUAUGGAGGAGGAAAGAAGUGGUAGCAAAGAUGCCACUAGUACAUACUUAGCUACUUUACCCAAAUCCUACCACCCUAAACUAACGAGAGAGAGAUCAAACAGUGACCCAGGGAUAAGGGAUACCUUGGUAAUGAACGGAGGAAAUGCCCUGACUGGGAAUAACAGUAGAAUCGGGUUUACUUCGUCCACCGUCGAGAGAGAAAUACGCACUCCUGCGGUCUCGACUCCUCCGCCGAUGAGGAAAAAUAAAUUCGCAGCGAGCAUCGGCAAGUUUUUAAGACCUUGGAGAUGGGGACGGAGAAAGAAGAGUGAAAAGUUUAUAGCUACCUCGCAGAAUUUAGAGAGACAGCUGUCAGUCAGAUCACGGAGAGAGGAUUUGGUAAAAAAAGGCAUUAUUCCUGAAAGAAGCCUAGAACCAUGCCCAGAGCAGAAUGGCAGUGUGGUCGAGGGACCUUGUGGUACAGACUCCCCACGCCUACCCCCCUUGGUGGCUCCCAAACCCAUAAGAGACAAUAAUAAGCAACUGGUCAGCAUACUCAAGCCCUCCCCCCUGCCAAAACCUAAAGCCGAUCACGAUGAGGUCACUGUAAAACAAGUGGAUCAGAACAGUAUGAUGAACCAACUGUCAAUGGAAUUUGCUAAGCGUGGGACGCAACCCAGUCCUGCAGUUAGAAAAUCUAACAAGGGCCAAGUGGCAGCUCAGAAUGGAGCAAGGGUAAUGAUGGUAAAAAGUGCUAGUGAUGAAGCACAAAUGAACUAUUAUGACGAUAGUGAUUCUGAUGAGGAACAUGUUAGGUGCAUGCCUUUCACUCGGACAAACAUCAAAAGGGAUUCAAAUCGGGACAAACCCAGGGUUCCCCUGGCACAGUCAGACCCGGAGGCAACGGACUCGGAGGAGGAGGAGCAUGAUGGGGUUGUUACAGGACUAGCAUCUAAGCUAAAAAGAACCGACAGCCUAGCAUUAAAGCUAAGGUCACGACCAAGCAAGGAGGAGCUUGAAGAGAGGAACAUUUUACCUACAAAAACAGAAGAGGAAAUGCAAGAACGUAGGGCAGUACUCGGAUCCAAGCUUGUCAGACGGCUGAGCUCAAGACCGACCGCACAAGAACUACUAGAAAGAAAUAUCCUACACACCUCGACUGAGCAAGAAGCAAAGGAGGAGAAAGAGGAGAAAAAGAGAGUACUCACGAGAAAGUUAAGUCGGCGGCCAACGAUAAAAGAGUUAAAAGAGAAGAAAAUUUUGAAAUUCAGCGAAUAUGUGGACUGUAUUGAGUGCCAUGAGUACGACAGAAGAGCCGACAAACCCUGGACUCGACUUACACCAGAGGAUAAGGCUGCCAUCAGGAAAGAACUUAACGAGUUCAAGAGUACUGAGAUGCAGGUACACGAGGAGAGUAAACAGUAUACAAGGUUUCAUCGUCCCUAGUUUUCUACUUUGAAUUUAGAGCAUUUUACAAAAUGAUGUUGACUGACCUUCACAGCCCAGGCGACAGUGUUAUUUUUGUUGGUAAAAAAUUCAAACGAAUCGAAAUUCGAACUUGUACAGUGGCAUGCCAUUAUGCCUAUGUUUAUGUAUAUACUUUGAUGUAUAGUAAUUUUCUAUCUCUUAUAGAAGAAUUGUACAUAGACCAGAUUGAGGUUUUUAUAUGGCCGUUUGCUGGAUUAAUGAUAGCAGUUGGUUUGAGACAUUCGCCUUAUCACCGUAUCGGAAAAUCAUCUGUUGUCCGUAGCAUUCUUGACAUAUUAGUGAGAGUAAUAACAUCAGACAAAAUACUUUUUUGUUGUUUCAUAAUUCCCAGCAUUUAUAAUUAAUCAUCCUGGCGCUUUGUUCGGGGUUUCUCUGUAGUAAAUCAACAAGGUUGAAGCACAGGUAGCCCAAGCUCUUUAUUUGACCCUAUUGAUUUUACAGGCGAAAAACAAAAUUAGUGAAAAAUAUUUAAAAAAAACUUGUUGAAUAGACGUGUGUAGUGUUGUGUUUAUAUUUGCUUUUUGCCGUAUUAAAGCGCCUUCGUUCGUUUAAAAUUUCAAAUCGUGAAUCUUGAAUCUUGAAAUAGUUUUUGCCCUUUGUUUACCGUAAAAUCAAUGGGACAAAUAAAGAGCUUGGGCUACCUGUGGUCGAAGAGGCAUGUUUUACGCCUGUGUAAAAACAGAGCCGUUUUUAUGACGUUCCGAGCGUUUGCCCUUCGUCAAACUAAAAGAAAAGUGGCUGGGUUUCCUGUGGUUAAAAGUCGGAACGGAUUUGAAAGGGCUAACAAUUUCGGUUGUCACAUCAUCCAUCAUAGGAAACCCGAAUUACCACAAGAAACCCGAAAAGAACGAUAGUUUUAACCAUCAUGUUAUCAAAAUCCAGCAAACCUAAAUCAGUUAUCAAAAUCCAGCAAACGUAAAUCAUUUGUUGUUAUGGCAACACCGUUUAUUCUCAUCUGCAGGAUUUUUAAGCCUGGUUUCCACGUGAAUCGCUUACAAUUCUAUAAGCUCGCAGGGACUUUUUGUGAACACAGGAAAACUAGCUAAUGUGCUAUUAUUGCUUUUCCACGCAAAUGUUUCUUACUAGGGACGGACCAUCGGAUCUAUUCCAAAAGGGGUGGGGGCAUUUACUGAAUUCUUCGCCCACGGAAUUUUCAGGAAAAAAAGCUUUCAUAUGUAUGAAGCCUAAGGAUUACAAAUAUGCGCAUUAUUUGCGCACUUGUGUUCAUUAUUUAUUUAUGCUCAUAGCCGUAGCAGGUCUCAAAUUAUUAGGGGGGCUUAACAAUGGGGGCACAGCCACGCCCCCACUGGUCAUUUCCUUAUAAUUUUUGAAAAUAUUGAGAGGCACAUGCCCCCAGUGCCUCACCACCUGCUACGGCCAUGGUGCUUUAGCCUCUAAAUAUCCAAUGGCCCGUUCCUAAGAAAACCGGGUUCGCGUGAUGUGGACUUAGCCUCCUCCGCAGGCAUCUCAAAGACCAGAAAAAGACAAAAAAAAGGAUUGGGUUUCCUGUGGCAAAAAAAAGUGACAAACUUGUCUCCCUCCUCCGCAAUUUAGCCACAGGUAACCCAUUCUUUCAGCUCUUUUCAUUAGGAGUUGCCUGCGGAGGAGGCUGAUGUGGACUGUGGGUAUGCUCCGGUUCGCACGUGGUCUGCUUUAUCCGUGGCACAGUUUAACGGGACCUUGAUUCUGUUAAACGAUUUGUGCGCAAGUGGACUUAACAUUCUGCUGAUAUUGCCAAUCGAGACUCUGAUGAGCAAAUCAGUCUACACAAGAAAGACUACAGGGCGUGACGCUCUUCCGUGACAGUCACGGUUAUACUGUCUGUCACGCAACAUGCACCUAGGCACUAGCUGCACUGCUUUAGAGUGAUGCCCGCAGCGGGCCUUUAAGAGUACACUCUGUGCAUCUCGGAAGGUUAAAGGGACAGUUAAGCCUUACCCUUAAUGCAUUGCGCUAGUCAUUUUGAUGUCAAGAAAGCUCAGAGAUAUUUCAGUGAUGCAAUGCAUCAUGGGUAGAGUUUAGCACACCUUUGUGUUCGUAGGAAAAAGGAUUUUUGAUUGCGUUCACGUUAGUGGUCUGCCAUUUGAUAGCUAACUGUUAACUCCACAAAAUGAAUUUGACCCUGUCAAAACCUCCAAAUUGAACAUGCAAUCCUUGGCUAAAAAGCACUGAAAAAAAAUCGAGCAAGCAAAAAAAAUGGCCAAAAAAAUCGUGAAAAUCGAAAAAAAUCGUGCUGGAAAAGUCUGUCUACCCCAGUCAGAUAUCAAAUGGUCGAUUACUAAGACGGUUUUCUGACCCUGGAACUAUAAAUUUGAAUAUAAUUUUUAAAACAAGGUUAGAAGAAAUGAAAAAAUAUAUAUUUAAUAGAGUCUGUAGUUCACUGAAUGCACAUACACUCAGGCUCCGGCUCGCACGAACAUGCUUGCUGGGAUUGGUUACAAGCCUGUGUUUCAGGCCAUCACGGCCAAUGGUUUACCACAGCUAUGCCGGCUGUAGGUUAUUUUAAGCAGUUUUCUAUUUGGGAGAGGGUGACGGCUACCUCAGUUACAUUGACAGGGGGUGGUAUGAAGCCGUGCUUUAAUAAUUUUGUACGUGCUUAAUUAGGGUCGAUAUAAACUUAGAAAUUAUACAAUAUAAUUUCUUUAGGCAAUUCACAAUAAACACAUUAACUGUC